AUGUGUGAUUUAACGGAUCCUCGUAUUCUCGAAACUUAUACCGCCAUUGUGGAAGAUGAGCCAACGAAUUGGCUCAUUCUCGGCUACAAUGAUACCAGAGAUGUUAUCUCGUUGUAUUCCAAGGGCACAGAGGGAUUGGACGAGUUCCGCAAUCAUCUUAGCGAUGAAGUUUUGUACGGCUUCGUUAGAGUAGAUGAUCGCUUCAUUUUGAUUACCUGGGUAUCAGAGCAAGUGAGCGGUGUUCGCAGAGCUAGAGCGCUGGUGCACAGUAGAUCUGUUGCAUCCACACUCAAGUUACACCAUGCACAACUCACUGCCUCUACAUUGAACGACUUGAGCGACAUCAACAUUCGCACUCGACUCAAGCUGGGGGAUGGUAAUCAAUCCUCCUCUCGUAGAUCAUCUGCUUCUCUUUCACAAAAGAGAUUAUCUCGCAGACAAUCCACACAAUCACCUGUGCCACCUGCCAGCCCCACUGUACCAUCUGAUCCUGUACCUGCUGUCGUUGCUCAGCUAGCUCAAGAAGACGAGUUUGUAGAAGCAAGUGAGAAUUUUGUUACACCUCCUGUAUCCAACUCGUCUAUAAGACAUGUGGACGAACAGCAACAACAGCAGCAAACCGAAAGUGCUGCCAAUGAAGCAAGACAGAGACAAUUGGAAGAAGAGCAAAGACAGCAGCAAUUAUUGAUUCAGCAACAACAACAGCAGGAGGCAGAAGAGAGAAAGAGAAGAGAGGAACAAGAGAGAGAGGCAGCUGCCAUGGCCGCUCAAGCAGCUGAAGCAGCAGCAGCAGCCGAGAGAGAAGCCAAGCGACUUGCAGCAGAGGAAGCAACUGCAAAGAGAUUGGAAGAAGAAAGACUCUUGAAGGAGAAGAUGGAGGCUGAACGUUUGAUCGAAGAAAAGAAAAUGCUGCAAUUGAGAUUGCUGGAGGCAGAGAAGAACAAGGACAUUGUUCUUUCUGGCUUUGUGUCAGUACAACCUUGCACAAGUCCAUUUUGGAGACGCAGAUACUUCACCAUCAAGGGCAAGAGCAUGACGUUUUACAGCGAUGAAAUGAACCCCAAUCCCAUCACAGUGCUCGAUCUCAACAAUGUCAAAAGACUGAGCAAUGUCAACAUUGACGUUGAGACAUUUGUGCCUAAUGCAUUUGUGCUUGAAACGCAACAAAAUGGAGCUUACCAGCUAUUUGCAGACAACAGAAAGGAGAGAGACACCAUUCUGACAGCACUUCAAACCGUUAUCUAA